AUGAAAUGCCGAAGAGGUUCAACGUUUAGCAUAACACGGAGGCUUAAAUAUCGUCUGUAUUUCAUAGAUAAUGCAGGAAGAAAAAAACAAAAGACAUCCGCCAGUUUGUCCUGCUUAAGUCACAUCCAACGGAUUUUGCUCUUGUGGUUUAUUGGUUUAAGAAUAUAUUGCUAAUCUUUGGCAGCAGAGAUUUACUUCAUGAGUGUACUAUACUACGGAAAACUACCGUCGGUUUCAGUUGAGGAGCAAUAAUUCUUGAAAAUCAUCGGCAAAGUUUCAAUAUGACAAAUUGCACAACUGAAGAUGUGGACACCUUGACGCAGAAGCUAGACUUGGUGAUUUACGUGCCAGUCUUGGUGUUUGGCUUGACAUUAAACAUUGCAGCAUUGGUGGUUUUUUGCCGCUUGCUCAGAAAAUGGACUGAGUCCUCUAUCUACAUGACCAACCUGGCUCUGAUGGACCUGCUGUUGCUGCUGCAGUUACCUUUCAAAAUGCACGCAGCACACCACAAGUGGGCAGAAGACAAGAAGCUCUUUUGCUCCUUCUUGGAAAGUCUUUACUUUGUUGCAAUGUACGGUAGCAUCUACACAAUUGUGUGCAUAGCCAUAGACCGGUACAUUGCUAUAAACCACCCAUUUCGAGCCAAGCAGGUGCGUUCUAAAAAAAACGCCUUAAUUGUGUGCAUUUGCAUCUGGGUGUUCGUAAUGGCAUCAACUUCACCUAUCUACACCUUUCGGGAAGAGAAAAGAGAGAAUUUCACUUGUUUCCAUGGCUUCUCUAAGAAGGGUUGGAGCACUGCAAUAAUUGUGUGCCUGGAGCUUUUUGGUUUCCUGUUGCCCGCUGCGGUACUGGUGGCUUGUUCCGUUCAGAGCGUCCGUACUCUCAAAGCCUCAAAUAACAGCAACCACAAGAGGCAAGCUGGUGUGAGAAUCAUCUACAGCAGCCUAGUGGCCUUCCUAGUGCCCUUCACUCCCUGUCACCUGGCCAUAUUCUUGCAAUAUCUUGUCCGCAAUGGCUAUAUUUCAGACUGCAAACAGCAAAAAAACAUCGCCCUUUUUAUACAGGUGUCCAUAAACAUUGCAAACGUGACCUGCUGCUUGGACGCGCUAUGUUACUAUUUCAUUGCGAAGGAAGUCAGAUCCACCAAGGACACGUUUAGAAUGUCCAUCACCAGAGCGAGAACCACCAGCAGCUCAGAUGUCUGAGAAGUAGAAUUCAGGCUUUCAGAAUGUGUGCUGACAGCUUUCUAGUGAAAGCAAACUAAGGUGUGGUCACACUAGUGAAAUCUGGCGGUCAGAAAAAGAGUAGCGACAUGUAAGGCAUUGCUCACGUUCAAACCAAACAACUUUCUGUUGGUCAACUCAGCAAAAUGACAUGCCAACUUGAACCAGUUGUGUCGGAACUGAUAGCUUUGUGGGCAGAGCGCUGACAUAUAGCGUUGUUGUGCUACGGGCAUCCCAAGUUCGAAUCCCAGGUUGAGGAUCUUUCCCGAUCCCAUCCCCCUCUAUCUCCCACUUUGCUUCCUGUCUCCUCCAUGCUGCCCUAUUAAAAAUAAAGGCAAAAAUACAUCUAAAAAAAUGUGAACGUGAUGGGGAAAUCUUUCACCCUUACACGAAGUUCCAGAUCGUGUGGAUUCCUAGGGAAAUUGCCCAUUAAAAUAAACCAAACAACAAUAAAUGUGACUGCACCUUAAAAGACUUAAAAACAUUUUGGAUUGAUUUCAAAGGUUCUUGAGGUUAAUGCAUGUUUUAAUGGACACAAAUGGACAAAGCAUUACUUCUCCCAUCGCUGUUUAAGGCAUAUUUCACUUUCAUCAUUUAGUCACCCUAAUGUCAUUUCAAAACUAGUUUGUUUCUUGUUUCUUUUUCAACAUAAAAGAAGAUAUUUUGUGAAAUGAGUAUAGUUUUUAUUUUAGCCACGCAAAGAAUGUCUGUGAGCUCCAAUGUUGUUCGGUUCCCAGCAGUCUUCUGAUUUCAGUGUUGGGGAUAACACAUUACAGGUAACACAAGUCACGUAAUCAGAUCACUUUUUCCAAGUAACUAGUAAAGUAACGCAUUACUUUUUAAUUUACAAGAAUAUAUCUGAGUUAAUUUUUCAAAUAAUUAACGCUUACUUUGUUUUGCCAUUUACUGAUUGACAGCCGUACUGUUCUCAAGUUGAGAGAAAUCGGACGUAGUGAAGAGAUGUUGCAUGCUGUGUAAACAUGAUUGUUACUGCAUUUCUAGACUAAAUACAAGCUUGCAUUUACUCAUCUCACUUGCAGAAACGGAUUCAGUAUUGCUCAAAAUAGAUAAAAACAGUGAAAUGCAAACCUGCAAUAAAAUUGCUGAAUAACACAAAUAUCCUUAAUGCAUUUAAUCCAGUUUUAUUAACCAAUGUCUUCACUGGCCUUUCAAUUCAACCAUACUAAUAAGCAAAAUGACUUUGGAUAAAUGUAACAUUUGUAUUUGUAACACUGUAACACUUGCUACUGUACAGAGGAUAAUUUACAUUCCCUACAGCCCGAGGCUUAUUUCACUCAUGGUGUGAAAGGGCUUUUUACUUUAGCCAAAAAUACAACUUUUUAUAUUUACAUUCACAUUUAGUCAUUGUUAUAUUUAAAACAAACAAGCAAGCUCAGCUCAGAUUUAAAAAUGUAAUGCAAAAGUAAUGCAACGCAUUACUUUACAUAAAAAGUAACUGUAAUGUAAUCAGUUACUUUUUAGAGAGAAAUGCAUAUUUAACACAUAUCUAACACUGCUUGUUUUUCUGAAGAAAGAACGAAACUAUACAGGUUUGGAACUACAUGAGGGUGAGUAAAUGAUAACAGGUUAUCAAUUUAAUUUUACAAAGUGUGCCAAAUAUGAGAAGAAAACUGGUAUUGAACAGAAACUUUACCCUGAUCUUCAGAACUGCACAGUCCCAAAAUUCGUCUAGAUUGGAGUUUAAGAUCAGGAUCACCCAGUUCCAUUUCAUUUGUGAAACGUAAGUCUAACGUCCACAAGACCUUAGCCUCUAAAUGAGAUAACUAUCAGUCCUUAAGCCACAUCCUGGACACCCUAUCCUCUAAAGCCACGACAGCAGACACCUACACAAAAAGUUAGCAUAUGAGAGCAUCUCUGAUUGGCUAAAAAUGGGUGAGCUGCCCCUCUGACCCAUUUUUGCUGUUUCUGAGUAUAGGGCUAUAAGAGAAACAUGUAGUUUCUCAAGACACCCAUUUUAGACACUGGGACAUGUUCUGUGUGGUCUCUGAAAUGAGUGCUGCAGGGAUGAUCCAUUUUUGUAGGCCAAAACCCGGAAAUGAGAUUUCACACUUGAGCGCUUUCGGUUUGAUCCUUCUGUAGUCAAUGGUUAUUUAUGAAUAGGUUUUUGGUCAAAGGGGUAAAAUAAGGUUGCUGGUUAACACAAGCUCAAGACAUUUUCAUCCUUUAUUCUGUGACAUCACAUCAGUAAUACACUAUGACGUUUUAAAGCAUUAACUUGUCUUGAAAAAGGUGGUUAGCUAAGUGGGAACUGAGUUGGUAGGGGACAUUAAAUGCCAUCAUGUCAAACAAAAAAACUACCCACUAGUCAAAAGAAGUUUUUAAAUGAAGAAUAAAAAGGUUGUCGGAGGUUUUCGUGAUGGUGAAGUUGAAGUCAUGUGACUGUGGUGUGGUUCAUUUAUAGCCUAUGUUUAGCAUUUUACUUCCAGUGACUGCAUUUAUGCUUUGUAUAAUUCAUAGAUGCUGUUCAUUUGUGAAGAACAAUAAACUUUUGUUGGUCACAGAGCUUAUUUUCUUCAAUAACCCGGAAGUCAAUGGAAAAACCGCGUUGAGGAAACCAAGGUGAUGUAAACUUCCGAGUUGGCUUACAAAAAUAUGUAAUCACUGCAGAGCUUUAUUUAACCUUAUUUUCAUUAAAAAUUAAAUUGUCUGUCACAUUUAUGAUUUUGCCCCAAAGAUUCUGUAUUUGUCUUUAUCUCAUGCAAGCACUGUCAACACGAAAAACCUGAGGCGCUCAUGCUCACACGCGAUGGUCGCUCGACAAACCAUCUUGAAACCUUCACAAUGACUCAUAAAUGUUUCUGAUGCAACAUUGGGUACGGCAUUACAUGCUACACAAUUACCUCUUUUGUUCUGGAUUUUGCCUCAUAAAUCUGUAUAUUAAAAUAUUUGUGUAGACUCGUCUCACCUGUUUUUGUACUGUAUAUCAAUAAAAGUUUGUAUAUAGUGAACAGGUUUACUUAGGCAAUGGCUAUAACACC